AUGGCUCUCGACAUGUGGACUCACGAGUUCUGCCUUACCUGCGACCGACAGGUCCAGGUCGACGGCGACGCCUACUGCUCUGAAGCAUGCAGAAUGUCCGACUUCGAAAAGACUCCCUCUACUCCCAGCUCGCAGGCCAGCUCGCCCGGCUUUUCUCCCGUCUCCUACAACAGAUCAGGCAGCCUCUCCAGCCGACCUGCUCCCACCAAGUUCUUCCUGUCUCCCGCCUACGACUUCAACCAGGCCCAGCCCUACGGCUCAACUCCUCGGUCGUCAUCGUCGUUUGGCAGCUACAUGUCGGACAUGUCACCUCUCUCCUCCAACCGGGGCCUCACCCCCUCGAGCUCACACAGCAGCCUCUGCUCCAUGCAGAGCGUAUCCUCUACCGCCGAGGCGAGCCAGCUGUCAGACAAGGCACGGAUGGAACUGCGAGCAUACGCUGUUUCAUUCGAGCAGGUCAGACUGCAGCGCCGGCGAUCAUACUAA